UCUGCCAUGCUGUCCGAGAAGUGGAUUUCAGCGGCUCUGCUGCUGCAGCUCUGCUGCACUGGCUCUGGAUCCUGUGGGAAGGUCCUGGUGUGGCCCUGUGACAUGAGCCAUUGGCUCAAUCUAAAGAUCAUUCUGGAGAAUCUCGCAGACAGGGGGCAUGAGGUGACCGUGUUGGUUUCUCCAGACUCGCUCAUCAUUGACUACAGUAAGCCUUCCACACUGAACUUUGAGGUGAUCCCUCUAGCUCAAGAGGGAGAUUUUUUUGCAAAUAAACUAAAUGACUUCUUAGACUUAGCUACUACUGUCAUGCCAACAAUGUCACGCUGGCAGUCAGCAAGAAAAAUGCAAGAAUUUCUUCUUCAACUAACUGGACGUUUAAAACUUCUGUGUGAGAGUGUAGUCUACAACCAGUCAAUCAUGAAGAAACUCCGGGAAACCAACUACGAUGUAAUGGUUAUAGACCCUGUGGUGCACUGUGGAGAGCUGAUUGCUGAGUUGCUGGAAGUCCCUUUCGUGUACACACUGAGGUUCUUUAUGGGUGGCACUGUGGAGAAAUACUGUGGGAAACUCCCAGCUCCACCUUCCUAUGUCCCUGUUGUCAUGAAAACUUUAUCUUUACAGGAAAUGGAAGAAUUUGUCCAAAGUUCAGGUGAACAUGGAGUUGUAGUGUUCUCUCUGGGGUCAAUGGUCAAAAACCUCACAGAAGAAAAAGCCAAUCUCAUUGCCUCAGCCCUCGCUCAGAUUCCACAGAAGGUCUUAUGGAGGUACAAAGGAACGAAGCCAGCCACAUUAGGAGCCAACACUCGGCUCUAUGAUUGGAUACCACAGAAUGAUCUUCUUGGUCAUCCCAAAGCAAAAGCUUUUAUCACUCAUGGUGGAACAAAUGGGAUCUAUGAAGGUAUCUAUCAUGGUGUCCCUAUGGUGGGAGUUCCCAUGUUUGCUGAUCAGCAUGAUAACAUUGCUCACAUGAAGGCCAAAGGAGCGGCUGUGGAGGUGAACAUAAACACAAUGACAAGUGCAGAUUUGCAUGAUGCCUUGAAAACAGUCAUUAAUGAACCUUCCUAUAAAGAGAACGCUAUGAGGUUAUCAAGCAUUCACCACGAUCAACCUGUAAAGCCCUUGGAUCGAGCAGUCUUCUGGAUCGAGUUUGUCAUGCGCCACAAAGGAGCCAAACACCUGCGGCCAGCUGCUCACAACCUCACCUGGGUCCAGUACCACUCUUUGGAUGUCAUUGGGUUCCUGCUGGCCUGUGUGGCAACUGCUAUAUUUUUGGUCACAAAAUGUUGCUUAUUUUCUUGUCAAAAAUUUGGUAGAACAGGAAACAAGAAAAAGAGGGAAUAGAUCAUUCUCAGGGUGGUACAGGUCUGAGUGGGCAAUCCUGUUCUGUUUAGCCACAAUGAUCUUCAUGAAAACAUCAUCUUCAUCAUGUUUUCAAAAUUCCAAUUUCUCUCUCUUAGCCUACAGAUAAAGCCCAGAAUUUGACAAUACCAUCAACUAGUGAGCAUGUCCUUUUCUUCCUUUGUCUUUUGCCAGAUGACUUUACCCUCUUCCUCUCACUUUCCUGACACAAGGACACUAAUAGUUUUAUGUAGAUUCUAUACACAAUAUGAUCAUUAUUUUUUAACCCUAAGAGGUAUGCUGACUAACAAUAUGCUAAAUCCUGGGGAACACACAAAAUAAGAGCUAAGUUUGAUGGAUGUAGGGAACAUGGAAGAGUAAAAUUCACAAAUUCAGCUAGAACCUACAAACCAGAGAAACAUCAUAGAAGAUUAGUAUGUUAUAAGAAUAGUAUUGAUUUUUUUUCUGCUUUCCCAAUGUUACUGGAGUCAGAGCAUGAAAUGAUAAUAACUGGGAUGG